AUGGUCAAGCCAGGGGGCAUCUGCCUCAUUGAAGGCCCCUGCACAGCUGCCUGCCACAGCAUAGACAUCUGCAGAAUGCCUUAUUUUAUGAGAGUUGCUUUGUUCUUGUUUUGCUUGACGGCUCUAGUGGAGAGCAGAAAGCCCAGGAGGAAGAGAUGGACAGGGCAGCUGGAAAUGCCCAAACAAAGUCACUUGUAUAAAAAGAACCUCGAUGUGACCAAGAUCCGGACAGGAAAACCUCGGCCUCUGCUCAGAGUCGAUGACCAUGACUUCACCAUGAGGCCAGCCUUUGGAGGCCCUGCCAUCCCUGUGGGUGUGGACGUGCAGGUGGAGAGUCUGGACAGCAUCUCCGAGGUGGACAUGGACUUCACCAUGACCCUGUACCUGAGGCAUUACUGGAGGGAUGAGAGGCUGGCCUUUCCCAGCACCAGCAACAAGAGCAUGACCUUCGAUGGCAGGCUUGUGAAGAAGAUCUGGGUUCCUGAUGUCUUCUUUGUUCACUCCAAAAGGUCAUUCACUCAUGACACCACCACUGACAACAUCAUGCUGAGAGUGUUCCCAGAUGGCCAUGUGCUAUACAGCAUGAGAAUUACCGUCACUGCCAUGUGCAACAUGGACUUCAGCCACUUCCCCCUGGACUCCCAGACCUGCUCUUUGGAGCUAGAGAGCUAUGCAUACACAGAUGAAGAUCUGAUGCUGUACUGGAAGAAUGGGGAUGAAUCCCUGAAAACGGAUGACAAGAUCUCCUUGUCCCAGUUUCUGAUUCAGAAAUUUCACACAACUUCCAGACUGGCCUUCUACAGCAGCACUGGCUGGUACAACCGUCUAUAUAUCAACUUCACUUUGCAUCGUCACAUCUUCUUCUUCUUGCUCCAAACUUAUUUCCCAGCCACCUUGAUGGUCAUGCUGUCCUGGGUGUCCUUCUGGAUCGACCACAGAGCUGUGCCUGCCAGAGUUUCACUGGGCAUCAUGACUGUGUUGACCAUGUCCACCAUCAUCACGGGAGUGAAUGCCUCCAUGCCCCGAGUUUCCUACAUCCGAGCGGUGGAUAUCUACCUCUGGGUCAGCUUCGUGUUCGUGUUCCUCUCAGUGCUGGAGUACGCAGCCGUGAACUACCUGACCACAAUGCAGGAGCAGAAGGAACGGAAGUUUCGAGAGAAGUUUCCAUGCAUGUGUGGAAUGCUUCACUCAAGAACCAUGAUGCUGGAUGGAAGCUACAGUGAAUCUGAGGCCAACAGCCUGGCUGGCUACCCAAGAAGCCAUAUUCUGCCAGAAGAAGAAAGACAAGACAAAAUAGUGGUCCAUUUGGCCCUCAACACCGAAUUGACGUCCUCCAGAAAGAAAGGCCUUCUCAAAGGCCACAUGGGGCUCUACAUCUUCCAGAACACCCAUGCCAUUGACAAAUACUCCCGGCUGAUAUUUCCGGCCUUCUACAUAUUUUUCAACCUAGUUUAUUGGUCAGUGUUUUCCUAG